AUGUGGUCGAUUUGAGUGUUUCAAAGAGCAACGACAGCCCAACUGACAUCAUCCCAUGAGAUUUCCGUCAUCAUCAGUCACUAUAAAAUCAUCGCGCGGACAAUGUUCGUUCCUCAGACUGAAAACGGAGAUGUUACAGGAUGGCUGGAUAAGCUGUUUGAUUACUUUGUGCGCCACGUUGCUAGUCACUAGUGCAAAUCAAAACGGAUUCGGUCCUGGCAGGCAGAGCUGGGGCUACAGUGAGGUCCGCCCCGGAGCCUUCCUUUUCUGGUGGCUGCACUAUGCCACCGGCAGCAGCAGCAGCAGCGGCGACCAUAACUUCACUCGCAAACCACUUAUUAUCUGGCUACAGGGUGGUCCCGGUGCAUCCUCGACGGGAUUCGGUAAUUUCGAAGAGAUUGGCCCACUCGACCGUACGCUCAAUAAUCGUGCUCACACCUGGGUGAACGACUAUAAUGUCCUGUUCGUCGAUAGUCCCGUGGGUAGUGGGUACAGCUACGUGCAGGAUCUAUCGCUACUGGCCACCAACAGCACAACCAUCGUCACAGAUUUGAUGCAACUGUUGGUCACGUUCUAUGCCACCUCCAUUACGACGACCGGGUUCGAUUGGGAACGCCACGCUCCACUGUAUAUCGCAUCGCAAAGCUACGGUGGCCGUAUUGCGGUCGAGUUUGCCUACGCGCUAGUGCAAGCCAUACGCCAUGGCCAACUGCGGUGCAAGUUGAUCGGAUUGUUGCUAGGAAAUGCAUGGCUAUCACCGAUCGAUAGCAUCAACGCGUGGCCUGACUAUCUCGAGCAACUCGGAUACAUUGGACCAGCCGGUCGGAUGCGGCUCGAGCGACGGGUGGAAGCAUUGCAGGAACUGACAGCCAAUCCACGGAAGGCCGUUUCACGUGCGGAAUUCGUGAUGGACAGCUGGCAUUCGCUGCAGCAGGCCGUCAUCCGUGAAACAAACGGCAUCAAUUGUUACCACGUGUUGAAGCCAAAAGCGGCCGAAAGCACCGAACCAUCAUCGAUGGUGAUGGCCAGUGAUGACGAGGAUGAAGAGCUGCUGGAGUACGGAGAGACGGUCUGGUACGGAUCCAGGGGAAGCAACUUGGAACGACCUUCGAUCAAACCGGUGUCACGGCAUCAUAGUCUCGAACAUCUGAUGAGAGGUCCCGUAUCGCAGGCACUCGGUCUUAACGACAAACCACCGUGGGGUGCACUGCGUAAUGCCGUGUUCGAAGCACUUGCCAGUGACUUCCUGGAGCCUAGCACCGAUACGCUGCUCCGGUUACUGCACGAAACCACCGAUUUGGAGCUGGUGCUGUACAAUGGACAUCUUGAUCUGAUCGCCUGUCUACCGGGAACGGUCCGAUGGUUGGAACGUUUGUUUAACCAUACCGAGGCCCCGGUACGAGAAUCCUUCCCCCAUCCUGGUGGUGGCAGUCAACCGAUUGAAGGCUAUCUAACGGUAUACUACGGCGAUGCAGCUACUGCUAGGCUUACACUGUACACCGUACUCCGGGCUGGUCACAUGGUGCCGGCAGACAAUCCGGCCGCCAUGGCACACAUCCUGAAAGCACACGUAAAGGAACUGCCACAGGAUCUAUGACUUCUACUUAAAACCGAACCUCGAACUGGUCCAUU